CUCGCUACAUGGUACACAAGGGCCCGGCUGCUUGCCUGCUGCCUUCUGCCUUGGGGGGGGGAGCUGCAUCCGUCCCUGCCUCCCAGGGCUGGAUCGCUCCCCGUCUCCCCCCUCCUGCCGUCCUGCCCUACACCCUGCCCGCCUGCCAGCCUGCCCUUCGCUUUACCGUUUCUUCCUCGUAGGGCAGAGUGUGCAGUAACCGCAACGUUGACAGCUAGCUCCCCGACAACUGCUCCGUUUCUUUUGUCCCCUCGCCUCUCGCCUCUGUUUGGGCAUCCACACACAUUCAUCCAGUCCACCCGCCCACAAAUGUCACAAUCCACCUCCACUUCCGCGGCCCACGGCCCAGGUCCUGCAUGUCUCUCUCUAUCUACCAGUUCUACUCGGUCCUCAGCACUCAGCACACUACAACGCAACACGGCCAGGCGGCAAAUGACCGACAACUUGGUCGCUGGCUUGGCUUGGCCUGGCCUGGUCCGACAGCCACGACAGCCACGACAGUCGCGACAAUCUGGACAAUCAAUGACAAUCAGCGGCAAUCUCCCCAGCCCGGCGGGACGGAACAGGACAGGCUACCAGGACAGGGACUGAGAGACUGAGGGACUGAGGGCCCGAGACGGCAGACGGUCAACUGGAGGCGUCUUCGACGGUGCUGGUGGGGGUCUCCCAUGCUCGGCUCCGAGCUACCUGGCAAGCCUGGCUACACAGCACUCUCUCACCUGGGGACCAGGGCACGAUGCCCUGGAUGCCUGCCCGCCAAAACCCCGGCUGUCCUCGUCUGCCAUUUCGUCUAGCAGAGCAUUCCACCACAAUAUGCUCUCGUCGAUAAAAGUACCAGCCCAAUAAACACACCCGCAGGCCCCAGGGCACCACCACGCCAUUGCACAUGGGAUGGAUAGGCCCAAACCCAUGCACCCGCCCACGCCCACGCCCACGCCCACGCACGCCCACGCCCACGCGCUAUGCUGUCCUGCGCAGCCCAUGUCGUGCCAUGCCAUCCCAUUCAAAACACGCCCGCGGUUCAAUUUAACCCCCCCGCCCUGUCAGCCUGUCCGACCUGAGGAUGGCCUGCCUGCACCGAAACCACCUUGACACUACCGAGCCGUAGUAGUACGGAGCACGGAGUACGUGCAGGGCUCCUGGCAGAGGCAGACAACGGGCCCCGUCUCAUCCAUGUCCAUGACACCCGGGCGGGAUCAUCAAGUUCCUCCCCUGCAGCCCCGUGUGUCCAACAUUCAGACAUCUGCAGCACACACACACCCACACACACACUAACGAGAGCCAAAUCGCCGCCCUCGUGGCGGUGUCCUCCUCUCCUCGCCCGUCAGAGGGCCCCGUGCUGACGGUUGUGUGCAGGGUUCCCAGCUGGGCUGAAUGCCUGGAUGGUCGCUAAUCUGAGAGUGGGUGAUUCCCCAGCCCUACAUGGCAGAAAAAGCAAACACCCAACAGACUCCCAGACACCGUCCACCCCCCUGUCCGCAUGUGUCUGUUGCCUCACUGUGGAGUCCGUCCGUCCGUCCACUGCCACUCCGCUCCACUUCAGUCUAAUCUUCAGACCCAUGCUCAAUCCUUUUGAUUAAACGGAGCGGAUUGCUUGGCAAAGACGCUGCUGCUCACGGCCAAGCUGUGAGGACAGACCCCGAGCACGAGCCCAUCUCAUCCAUCGCCCACCACCAAUGUUGCUUGGGAAGAGGGGCCGGGACGUCAUGACACUCACUCACUCGCUCACUCACUCACCACUGUGUGCAACCACCGGAUGGCCGCGCAUGCUUGCUCGUGAGAUGGUUAUUUCUCCAUUAAUUGAUGGCCCCGCUGUCAGGGCCCAAGAGAGAAGGGAGGCCGCCGCCUGGAAUCCGCGGCCUUCCAUUCCGAACCGUGCUGCUCUAAUCAGGCCGCGGGCAGUUUCGUCUGACUGCGGGGCGACUCACGCGGCUACGCAGUACGGUGUACGCUGCGCCGUCGACUGAACAAAUGCAUGACCCCCCAAAAAAGGUACAGCGUUCCGUUUUGCAGAGAUCGCCGGACUGGCCUCAUCCCUGAUUCUGAGACCGCCUACGCCAUCGACGUCCAGGUCGACUACAGCACGUCAGGCUUAUCAAAGCCACCACGACGGCUAGGCAGUGAGCGAUCCGAGUGCCAGCCUCAUCUACUCAUACCGACUGGGCCCCCUUCGCACAUCGCUGAGUGCCCAGCGCCAAAGGACCUAAAGGGUGUGACCACCAGCACACCGCUCACGCUGUGGGCAAGCCGGCGUCGUAGCAGUGUUUGACGGCGUCGCACAACCCGGCAAUCUCCAGUACACUUGGCUCUGUCGAUAUCAUUAUCACAGCCCCUCCCGUCUAGAAAGCACAGUAGAGCAGACCAUUCGGGGGCGAUAAUAAUGCAGCCGGCUCUUCAGCCAGACUAACGGUCCCGACAGACUGGAGAAGGCGGCCAAUAUACCACUCAGCCGGUCCGGUCAGGUGUCCAUGGCCAGCCUGCUGAAAUCGUAUUCGUCAUACCCGACGGUACUUUUGAUGUUUCAAAAUGCUCUCUUCUUCCUCUCGUCAGAUCAGUACUAAUGGAUGCUGCCUCGCCGUUCCCCUUCGUCCGGUCAGGAUUUUCGCCCGAGUCCAGUGCAAGCGCCCGCCAACGCUUCGUAUGCGCGAGGUCAGUGCGGCAAAGCUGACGAGUUGCUGUGGCGCGCCAGUUGCAGAGACCAACAGGAUGACAACCUAUUCCAUAUCGAUCGAUAAAAUAUCCCUCGCCAACCCCCAAACUUGACCGCCAUUUUGCUGAAGCUGUUGGCCAUCUCCGCCCAGGCUGUCCACGCGAGAUGAGCCUGUCGUGCACCGUGGCGACGACACGAGAUGACGAGAGCCUCAGACCCCGAGUUGUUCCGGUCUUACGCAACACGCUGGGCCUGAGAGCCAAAUCAUUCCUACGGAUUAUCUGUCACCGUCCUGCCCUCAGACACAGGAUCAAAUCAAAAUCCUCAGUAUCACUGCAUGAGCACUUCUGGCUAUCGCUGACACAUUAACGCACGAUACCUGGGCCAGGCAUAACCAAUGGUGUACAUCUGCUCAGCGAGCAGUGGAAAGUGAACCGGCCACCUUGCACAUGAUAGUUGCAGCACUCUCGCCAUCCCACCAUCCAGUCAUGCGACGAGUUCCCCAAGAUUUGGGCCGAGGAGCCCCUACAAAGCUAUGUUUCUCAUUGGCACAAUGACAGUGAUUGGUACAGACCGGGGCCCAUUGCUUGAUAGGCCCAUUGGGGUGUUGUUGACCCGCCCGCAGCGGCUUUGUGUGUGCAUUGCUCAUUCAACUUUGGGUGUCGGGGCUGGUCGAGCCUAACGGCUCGCGUGCGGCACCGAGCAUGGUUUGAGCCGUCACCGUUCCGUGGAGCCAAGAGACUUAGCUGGCUUGCCCUGGCUGUCGCUCAUCACAACACCGGUUUUGCUUCAUUGGUGUGCCACUCCGUCGGGUUGCUUCAGGGCCCAUUCAGCCUGUUAGUCACUGCCCAACGCAGACCUGACCUGUGCGUGUCAUCGCGCCAGCAUCGGAUAUCACGGCGUGGGGAAGGGCACUAGCAUCCGAGCGAUCGUCACGACCGGCUCGACCACUUUAAUGAAGUCAGUGGCCUCGUGGCCAGGCUGCCAGGGCUCAUAAAUCCCUUGCAGGGGAAGCUGGCCGCUGGUCGCCGUUUAGCUUCAGUCACUGCGCAGAGCUACCGAGUCUCUGGGCCGGCCCCCGUUGGCGAGCAUUGCCCUGAAAUCCCUGCCAGGCAGCCCAGGGAGCUCCCACCUAGCCCUACAAGGUGAACUGCUCCGGGGCGAGCUAAGCUGGAACGUUUCACCCGUCGGGCAAAGGACACCGCCCGCUGCACUAAGGCUCAGCAGUACCAACAGAACUGCCAUCUUAUAGCCACGUUUUCAUGGCUCCCGAAGACGAACACAAGAAAAAGCGUUUUGUGACGACUCUCUUUGUGAAAAUAUCUCUGGGCCAUCGCACCGGAAAGCCUGCACAUGAGACCAGCAGACUCAGCUACCCUAGGGUAGCCGGGCUGAUGUAGUGUACUCCGGCUCAAGGUCCACGCCAUCUGAGCGCCAUGUCUCAUCAUUGAUUCUUGUUGUCCCGGUCAGCAAAAAGCAGGCGUUUUUUUUCGAAACGGAGCGCAAGACGCCGCACUCAGGCUGUCAGGAUGGGCUGGAUGGCCGACACCACCACAUCCUUCUCAGCCCUACGACUACCCGCCAAGGCUGUGACUGAGGGGACGAUGGGGCAACGCUAGGAAUGAGCCUAUCAGGAAGGAAUAUCCCUGCUGAGCGAGACAACUCGUCUGCCUUGCAGGGUGCGGGGUCUCUGCCCUCUGACUGACUGGUUCGUUGUGGGACGGCAGGCCACCACUGACUCGGCAAAAGGAAAGAAGCAAUAUCGAUGAUGGGCCUGUCAGUCGUUGGGUCGUUGGCAGUCAUGAGAAAUACAGGUAUACAGACUCGUCGGCCUUCAGAGCCAAAAUCCGCAGGCGAAGCAGUCAACUUUGCACAAGUACGGAGUACAGGUACGGAGUACAGGCUCCGGCUCAUCGUCACUCCUGCCACUGAAGAACUCACAGCAUUUUGCGUCCUCGACUUUCUUUGGCAUUUCGCGAUCUGCCAGGCGCAAAUUCGUCCGUUGGCUAUACUCCUCGGAUGUAGUGAACUGCUCGUUGCAUGCACAAGUUCUCAAGCAGUCCCUCGCAUAAGCGCCCCCCCCCCCUCAAGUCAUGUGCACCCAUGGCAACGCAUUCCUUGCCGUCGGCCUGCUCUCAAGGCGCCAAAAAUGAGACGCUCAAGGGCGGCAACGGCAGGCCCUAGUGAUCAUGAGAUGGACUCUCAGAUCCCGUACGUACAGCCCCAUACCCCACGUUGUGAGACAUCGACGUCCGGCGGCACUGCCGGCCGGCCAGCACGGACUCAUGCCAGCGUGUAGUACCGACGCACCCGGCGGGCCUGCGUACUGUACAUGUCUGUCUGUCUGUCUGUACCUACGGACGAUAAGACAUCAACUCAUCGUGAGAGGGUCAAAGAGUAGUCAACAUCAAACCGACUACUGUGGGGGAUGCCCUCGCUCACAUAAACAUGCGAGGUUUCGGCAACGAAACAUUCCGAAGGCAGAGGUAGAUGGCCCGAGGGAAUGGGGUCUGCGCAGCGCGCUGGCACGGUGGUGCCCCCCGGAGGUACUGAUCUGUCGAUUUGCAGCGCUAGUUCGAACGUCGAACGUCGAACGUCGAUCCGAGCUCCAAGAAUAGGAACUAGAUUAGACGAUCGUCGCGGGCCUAGGCAUGCAAAACUUAAAUCCAGAGCAGCUUGGACGGAUCCGUCUUUGUCUGCAGUAGGCCAGUGAGGGGGUUUGGUUCGCUGACUGGCUGGGCUGGCUGGUUGGCCAGCCAGGCUCGGUCUCCAUUCUUCUGGAAGAAGCCGAAGAACGAGAAGCGGGACGAGUGCUCAGCGCUUCUGGUGCUGGCGGCCUGGCGGCUCGGCAUGUUGUCUGGACUGGCUGACAGACAAAUCUUGGGAGGGCCGGAUUUUCAACCCGCAGGCGGCAAAGGUUUGGAUUCCCGUGUCGCACCACCCACCCGUCCGUCGAGCCAUGGGGCGGCACGAGCAAACGUGGGCACGCAGAUCUGAUCUCAAACAAACCCUCGGCGCCACAGAGGCUCUGCAGGCCUUGUCAGAUCCCGAAGGACAGCUCUCAUCCAGUGGCCCGGCCCUGCUUUCGGCCGCAGGUGGGCAAGAGACGCACCUCCCCGGGCGCACCGUCCACCACCAAGCAAAUCGUCGCAGCAGUCGUGCCCCUGGGCACGCACGCACACACGCACGACUUGGGCACGCCUGCACGUCUGCACGCUUGAGCCACCUGGCAGCCUCGCGGAGGGUUGGUCAGGGGCAGCUUGCCAAUAGACUGUGGCUUGGCUUCCCGGUCAUGUCGCCGUGCUCGAUAUCCAGACUCAAAGUCAGGACUCAGGAGCGAGCUCGCGGCGCGUACCGGUAUUGUCGAUUUGGCGGGGAUAGGCCAGCGAGCGCCCACAGGGCUGUAACUGGGGCUCCGGCUGUUGCGGUCUACAGAUUGGCGCGAUACGCACCGCGGUCCCUGCUAGCCCGUCUUGCCCGUCGUCGACCGCUUUGGUCACGGGUGGAGGCGCUGAUCACGCACGCCAGCCACAGGCGACUCCCCAGUCUGCCCAGUGGAAAGACUGCUGCAUCGCGGACGUUGGACGUCCCGUCGUCGCAAACCUGAGGCCAUGACACAUCAGACUGUCACUCUGUGCCGCCGGCGAGAAGCCCCGACCCUCCAGCUCAUUAUGAGCGCAACCUGGCUCGGGAUGCGAUGGGGUCCAGACUCCAGACUCCAGCGUCCGAGGCCACACGCCCUAGGUCCAUCACAGCAUGCACUGUGAUGUCUCCUGCUCGAUACCACCGCCCCAGCGCCAUUUGGGAAGCAACGCGACACCACCCGGAUGGGCCAAGGGAAACUAUCUAAGCAGACCUAUGUGUUUCUGUCCUCGACAUGGCCUCGGUACCCACCCACGAGGAGACCGUGGCGGGCCGGGAACAGCUUAGCUGGCGAGCCAUCGAUGCAGCACGCCUCCUUUGGGCGCUUGGACCUAGCGGUCUAGGAUUUUAAAAUUGGGGAAUGGGGGUUUUAUAAAACCUAUGGAACAGUAUGGCGUAGGUAUGAUGGGAUCGUGACUGCAGUGCGAGGGCCCCUAAGAGGCAAGUGAGAGACCUAAAGACCUGGCAGCGGUACAGGUCAUUUACAGUACUGUGUGGUGCCAACACCCGGAGUUGUACGGAGUACGGAGAACCCAGUGCUCCAUUUUGCCUGGACAGCCCUAGCUUCUAGCUUGGAAGAAAACGGAGACCCGGAGCCGCCUCGGUGAAAAUACUCGGAGGUCCCAACCGAAAAUGAACAGAUCUCGAAUGACUAUCUCGAUCAAGCAUGGUACGUUAUUUUUUUUGUUGAAAGGACCCCUCCCCUCCCCUCCCCUCCCCUCCCCUCCCCUCCAUCGGAUAGCCGGGGGGGUAGGGGACGGUCCAUCUACGCACAAUGAGAUCCGAAAACGUGCCAGAGUCUCCAAGUCCUGGAUCCGAUAACGAUCGGACCGCCCUACAGGGCGACGGCGCGCGACAAUCGAGCAUGGCAGGUAGGUCAUCGCAUCACACUUGGCAUGUACACGGUACAUUGCGCUCAGCCCUCUCUCUGAUCGCAAUGUGCCAUGGUCCUCGGUAGGAGAAUCACACGCUCUUCCCGGGCAGGAAUUAUUUGGGUUCCUCGUCGGCAAGGGCCUUGCUAGCGACGCUCCCAGGACCAAGGAGCUGGGUGUGGGUUUUUCUUCGACGCCGCCAGCCCGGCCGCCCGCUGCUUCAGCCCUUUGGGCGUCGAGAGCGGGUCCCCGCCCAGAUCAUCAAUCCAGUUCGGCGGCCUAAUCUACCUGCCGAAUGAAACAAGCAAUGCGAGCUAAACGGGCGAGGGCCAAGAGAAAGGGAGAGAUGGGGAUGGGCGUUAGGGGACCAGACGGAUGGGUCGUCAACCCACAGGGGUUUCUGAGGCAAGACGAGAGACAGGUAGGACAGGCCUGAAUGCGCCCCGGGUGCCCGGCGCGAAGAGAG